CUCCCUUUUUUGUGAAUGUUAGAGAAUUUUUUAGGCGAGUUCUUUUAUUGGUAUAUAUAAUAUACUUUUUCUCAUAAUGUAAUUUUGGUCGUGUUAUAAAAAUAUUUUAGCCGAACUAUUCAAAUAAUUAGGUUUUAAAAAUGAAAAUCCUAGGCGUGGAGUUUGCUCCUCUCAGAAUUCCUUUGGAAAGGCGACUACAAACUGCUGCUGUAUUUUAUUAUUGUACCAAUUUUAUAUUUUUUGGUUUCUCUAUGCUUUUCCUUUGGAUAUAUCUCUUUUUCACAAAAUAUUAUUUUAUAUCACUUCUAUAUCUUGCUUGGCUUAUCUAUGACCAUAAAACAUGUUGUCAGGGUGGUAGGCGUUCAGAGUGGUUACGAUGCUGGUGUGUCUGGAAAUAUUUUGCCAAUUAUUUUCCUGUAAAAAUGAUUAAAACUGCUGAUUUUGAUCCAAAUAAGAAUUAUAUCCUAGGAUACCAUCCUCAUGGUAUUAUGUGCUAUGGAGCCUUUAGCUGUUUUGCAACAGAAGCUACCAAUUUUAGUGAAGUUUUUCCUGGAAUCACUCCACGGAUCUUAACACUUGAAGGACAGUUUUGGUUUCCUUUUCACCGAGAACAUAUAAUGUGCACAGGAGCAUGUGCUGCAACAAAAGAGAGCAUUGAAUGGAAUUUAACUAGAGAAGGCAAAGGUAAUGCUCUAAUUCUUGUUGUCGGUGGUGCAUCGGAAGCACUGGAUGCACAUCCUGGUAGAGCAUCUUUGGUAUUAAAAAGGAGAAAAGGAUUUGUUAGACUGGCUAUCAAACAUGGAGCUUCUCUUGUUCCUGUGUUUGGAUUUGGGGAAAAUGAUUUAUUUGAUCAACUAGACAAUCCACCUGGAUCUUCAUUACGUAAAAUACAAGACAGGUUGAAGGCAUACCUUGGGUUUUCUCUUCCUAUUGUUCAUGGCCGUGGUAUAUUCCAGUAUAAUUUUGGUAUGCUACCAUACAGGAAGCCUAUUAAUGUUAUAAUUGGAAAACCUAUAGAUGUUGAAAGAAAUCCUGAGCCAACAGAGGAAGAAGUUUCUAAGCUGCAUCAGCAUUACAUUGAUAGCUUAACAGCAUUAUUUGAAGAACAUAAAUCUAAGUAUAGUCCUAAUUUAAAGCUAGAUUUAUGCUAAAUUUAUUUUUACUGAAAUAAAUGAGUGCCUUUUUGCAAUUAUAUUCUGUGAUUAAAGAUUAUUUUCAGAUCAGUGACUAUAUAAAGAAUGUAUAUGUGCCAAAUAUUUAUUACAUAUGAAUAAAAUUGUAUAAUAAUUGAACAUAUUGAGCUUAUAUCUUCUUAGUGAUAUGUAUUUUAUGGUAGCACUAAUUUUUCACUAUUUUUGUGUCUUUCUUAGUCACUGAUUUCUUGUAUGAAUGGAAUAAUGAGUUACUAUAUAUAUUUCCAGUUUUGUUGAAAACGUUUGAAUUUAUCUUUCAUUUUCUCAUAAUUUAAAAGAAAAUUGACUACCUAUGUCUUUUUCAGGAACUUAAGUGCAAUAAUUCUAGUCAUUUAGUUUAAUUUUAAAGUGUAUUUCAUGAAGAAAGUGUUUAUGUUUACAUGCGAGUUAACAAUUAAAGAAACUAUUUGUAUUUAGUAUAAUUGUCCUUUUGAGCAGUUAUACUACUUUUCCAUCAUCAAAUGUAAAUCUUUCAAGCUGUAGAAAUUACAUUUUAUUUUGUACAUCUAAAAAUACGAAGUAUGUAAUGUAGUGUAUGAUUUGUUGUAAAAGCUAUGCUCAAGUGAAAGUUUGAAUAUAAGUAAUAUUUAUGACAUUUUUAUCUGCUAUGCACUGAAAGAAAAAUAAUGGUGAUUAUGGAAAUAAAUUUGCAUUUUAGAAGAUCAGUUUUGCUGAUAUUUUACUAACAAAUAAUAAGUUCUGUGAUAUUAAAGGGAGAUUAUUUUUUAUAUUCAACAAAGCCUUAUCUUAAUGUUAUUUUAUGUGAUUGAAAUAUAAUUUCUGAACUUAUUGAUAUAUUGUACAUAAUUUCGCAAAAAAUGUGACCUUUUAUCAAGCUAUUUCUUUAAUGUGUUAGAGAAAUGCUGACAUAUUUUUAUUUAUAAAAUUAUGUUCCUGUUAAAAAAUAAUGUCAUUGUUCUCGCUACCUUAUUAACCUGACUUAUAUAUAAGAAAUAUAUGUGAUAUCUGUCUUUAGAAGUAUUCAACCAUGUAAAUGAGUUUCUAGCAUAAAGCUUUGAUAUGUGCAAUAUAAAUAUUAUUUUCCUUAUAUUUGGUUCCUAUGUAAGAAGUGAGUUUUCUCAUCUGCCUUAAAAUUAUGAUUCUCAAUUUUGUAUUUUCUUCCUGUAUAUUCUUUUAUUUCUUAAUAUGGAAUCUGCCUCAGAGUAAAUUAGAUUUAGUUGUAGAUAGAGUAUCCUAAUUUAAGACUUUUUAACAUUUUUGUUCCAGUUAUCUGUGAACAAGGAAACUCAUAUAUUUGUUGAAUGAAUUAUGUUUCUUGAAAGAUUUGAUGUACUUUCUAAUAUAUAAGUCUUCAGGGAUUUGAUGUUAUAUUAUGAAAAAAGUGUGUACUUUUUUCCAGUUCGUUUAUAAGAAUAUACUUUUAGCGCAAUUUUCUCUUUUGGAAUAAAUUCUGUUGUGUAAAAUGUU